UCCAAAUUCAAAUUUCACGCUCUACUCACCUCACUCUCUUCUCUGUAAGUCCUAACUUCCCAAAUCAGACCCAAUUCACUGUACAAAAACCCCAAUUUCGAAGCCACACAUGGCUUCCCGGAACCAGAACAGACCUCCUCGCAGUCCAUCCAACAAAAAGGCGAGUGCCGAAGAAGUUUCUUUGGACAAGCGUCGAAGGGUUGGAGCUGAAAAGAUGGAUCGACAAGGAGGUGCUGGGAGAGCCAGAACGCCGUUUUCUUCGGUAAACAAUAGGAUACAUAGUAGUGCGCCGAGUGACGCCGAGGGUCCCGAAUGUAGCACAGUUGAAUUCACAAAGGAGGAAGUGGAGGCAUUGCUGAAUGAGAAGAUGAAAAAGGGGAAUCCCUAUGAUAAUAAGAAAAAAAUGGAACAGAUGGGGGAUCUUAUUAAGCGCCUUAAGCUUUGUGUUAGGUGGUUUAAGAAAGUUGAAGAAGGUUAUGUCCAAGAAAAGGAAAAGCUUCAGUCUGAGCUAGAGUCUGCUGAGAAGAAGUGCAGGGAUACUGAGACUGAGAUGAAAAAUAAGAUUGAGGGGUUGGACGAGACUAUAUCUGAUUUGAGGAAGACAAUUUCUUCUUUACAAGAGAGAAUUGUCAAGGAAGAAUCGGAUAAACUGGAAGCAAUUAAGUCUUACGGUAAAGAAAAGGAAGCCAGAAGUGCAGCUGAGAAAAUUCGAGAUGAGAAAUCAGCUGAGCUUGAGAAAGUCCAGGAUGAGAAAUCAGCUGCUGAGCAUAAGGCCAUUUCAAAUGAGGACUUGUACAAGCGAUCACAAGAGUAUAAUAUGAGCCUGCAGCAGUACAAUAGUCGUCUUCAGUCAGAUCUUGAAACAGCUAAUGAGGCACAUAAAAGACUUGAAACAGAGAAAGCAACCAUUGUUGAGAGCCUUAGCAAUGUAAGAGGCCACAAUAAGGCAUUGCAGGAUCAGUUAGUAUCUCUUAAAGUUUCACAGGAUGAGGCCAUAAAGCAGAAAGAAAUGUUAGCAAAUGAACUCAAAUGCCUUCGCGAAGAGUUAAAACAAAUUAGAGAUGAUCGUGAUCGCCAACUGGGGCAAGUAAAUGCUUUAACCGGAGAAGUAGCAAAGUACAAAGAAUAUACAGGGAAAACAUGUGCACAAUUGGAUACCAUAAUGAUUAAAACAAAUGCUCUUGAGGAGACUUGUUCAUCUCAAAAGGAGCAAAUAUAUAUACUGCAGCAGCAGUUGUUUGCUGAAAAGGAGAAACUAAAGAUGGCUGAUUUAUCUGUUUCAGAAACAAGAACAGUGUUUGAAGAGAAGAAUAUAAUUAUACGCGAACUACAGGAUCGACUAGCAGAUAAAGAAUUUCAAGUAGUUGAAGGAGAGAAGCUAAGGAAAAAACUCCACAACACUAUCCUGGAAUUAAAAGGAAAUAUACGUGUGUUCUGUCGUGUGCGACCACUCCUACCAGAGGAUGGUACAGGAGCCGAUAUGGUUGUUUCUUACCCUACAUCAACAGAAGCGCUUGGCCGGGGCAUUGAAUUGGUACAAACUGGGCAGAAGUACAAUUUCACAUUUGACAAGGUGUUUAAUCACGACGCUUCUCAGCAGGAUGUUUUCAUCGAGAUAUCACAGCUGGUACAAAGUGCUCUUGAUGGCUACAAGGUGUGCAUCUUUGCAUAUGGGCAGACAGGUUCAGGCAAAACCCAUACUAUGAUGGGUAGGCCUGAUGCCCCUGAUCUGAAAGGAUUGAUACCACGUUCUUUAGAACAGAUAUUCCAGACCAGUCAGUCCCUAAAAGAGCAUGGUUGGAAUUACAAAAUGCAGGCAUCAAUUCUGGAAAUAUAUAAUGAGACCAUCAGGGAUUUGUUAUCUUCAAACCGGUCAAGUGGGAUUGACCAAACACGAACAGAAAAUAGUGUUCCUGGAAAGCAGUACACUAUUAAACAUGAUGCAAAUGGAAACACACAUGUUUCAGAUCUCACCAUUGUGGACGUUUGUAGUGUGAAUGAGAUUUCCUCCCUCCUGCAACAGGCUGCGCAGAGCAGGUCAGUGGGAAGGACACAAAUGAAUGAACAGUCAUCAAGAAGCCACUUUGUCUUUACUUUGCGUAUAUGUGGGAUAAAUGAGAACACUGAACAACAAGUGCAAGGUGUCUUAAACCUGAUUGAUCUGGCUGGAAGUGAAAGACUGUCUAGGAGUGGGGCAACUGGGGAUCGGUUAAAGGAAACUCAGGCUAUCAACAAAAGUCUCUCGUCUUUGAGCGAUGUCAUAUUUGCUUUGGCAAAGAAAGAGGAGCAUGUUCCUUUUAGGAAUUCAAAGCUAACAUACCUUCUCCAGCCAUGUCUUGGCGGGGACUCCAAAACGUUAAUGUUUGUCAACAUUUCACCUGAUCAAUCUUCAACUAGCGAGUCACUUUGCUCUCUCCGUUUUGCGGCCAGAGUCAAUGCCUGUGAAAUUGGGAUUCCACGGCGUCAGACUCAGACAUCCACACGGUCCUUCGAUUCCCGUUUGAGCUACGGUUAA